GCUGUCGAUCCGGCUGAAACUUUUCGUCUGCUAACGAUAGUACUGGUGGAACUUGGCGACAAGCACCUGUUUGUUAUUUUACUUUCAAUUGAGCUUUUAUUGUAAGCAUCUUCAAAGCAAAAGACUUGAUAUUGAAUUCCUGGUGACCGUACAUUCAGCUGCUAAUGUGCACAAGUAAACAAAACCCUGAGGCCGCACAGUGGAUUGAACUUAUUGAGUGUUGAGGGAGUUUAUCGGCGAGAGGCUCAUUCCAUAGCUUCCUGACAGCUUUGCUCUGAUCACAUUGCCAGGAGAUAUUAUCUCACCUGUCAGUUCACUUCCGUGUGUUGGUCGCUUUGAGUCGGUGGCAGUGGCAGCAGGGUAACAAUGGCCCGCAGACAGAUAGAGAGUGUGUACAAGAAGAGGCUGGAAGAUGCUCUGGAGGCAGGGAAGGCCAUGGAUAAAGGAGAAUUCACAAAAGUGGAAGUCCUGAAGGAAGUGAAACUGGAUAAAACAUUAGGUGGUGUCUUUGCUAUGAGAUACUCUUAUGAUGGAGAAAUGCUGGCGGUCGGAUUCAGAAAUGGUGCAAUUCAGUUGUUUUCAUCACACACGGGGAAAAUGAUCAAGGAGAUACGAAAAACAAGACACGGAGGCUAUGCUAUAAUGUGCAUGCAGUUUCACACCAAAGAGCACCACAUCUUGCUAGCGAGCACUUCUGAGGGGCAUGUGUAUGCAUGUAACACAGAUGAUGGCACCCUCAAGCAGGUGCUCACAGAAAAAAACAAUGAAAUAAACUGUCUUGAUUUCUGUGAAGAUGGGUACAACUUUGCUACAUCAGGCAAAGACCUUGCAGUCAGAAUAUAUGAUACAAAAACUUGCCAGCUGGUGAAUGAGUACGAUGGCUAUGACAACUCCAAGGAUCCUUCGGACAUGAAGUGCCUGGGAAACACACAGCGAGUCUUUGCUUUGAAAUACCACCCUGAGUACAACGACAUAUUUCUGACUGGUGGAUGGGACAACCACGUGAAGAUCUGGGAUUCUAGAUCAACAGAUGGAAUCAAACGACAGAUAUGGGGACCUCACAUUUGUGGGGACAGUUUGGAUCUGAGGGGAUACGACAUUCUGACUGGAUCUUGGGUAGCAGAAGAUGCAUUGAAGGUGUGGAACUACACAGAUGGCAAAGCCAAGAAGUCUGUAAACUUCCCGGGCCCUAAGGGCGCCUACCUGUAUUGUGCUCAGUUCUGUGACAAUGAUGUGGUGCUGGCAGGGGGAAGUGGGACUAACAGUGCUAAGGCCAUCAACAUGGAUACCAACAAGGUGAUUGGUGAGGUGAAGAUGAACAAGCCUGUGCAGGCCCUCGACUCCAGCAUGGGAGGGAGGCUGUUUGCUGUGGCUGGAGCUGAUGACUGUAUCAAGCUGUGUGCCAUGUCAUGAGGAUGUGCCCAGUGCUCAUCCAUGGUACUACCAUGUAUAGAGGUUGUCACCAAUAUCAGCAUGCACUUGGAAUCUUCUCAUAUGUGAUAUGACCUGGACGAAGUUCUUCCAUCAGAUCAAGGCCUGUCAGUGUAUUCCCUACAAUAACAAGCUAGGGAAAUACCAUACCAAGAAACUGCCUCUAGCCCUCCAAAAAUGGAUAUAUUUUCCUUUUAGCGUGACUGUGAUCACAGAAUUUAUAAACCACACACUAAAAGUGACCCUGUCAUCGAAAUGGUUUCAGAUAGAGAGAAUGAAUUGUCAGUGUUACAUGCUCAUUUCACAAUUUGCACUGAAUGUUCUGUUGUUAUGAUAAAGUUAUGAAGUCAUAUGUAUUGUCAUGUAAAAUAUGUUUAUCUGCAUGACCCUUUAACCAGCUGUUCAAUUCAACAAACCUGCAUAGUAAAUGGAUUGUAUGAUGUUUGAUUCCUAUACUACUCAGAAGAAGUUAACGGGUGAUCCUUAAUUUCUUUUGAGUAGUAUAUUUUACCAUGGAGAAACAUGUGGAUUUCCUGUUUGCUGAUACAAACAUUAUGUUAUCAUCAUUCUUCAGAUGAUUUCUGUAUUUGUUGCAGUAUAUGCUGUAUGUCUUGUUCACAGCAGAACAUUGCUCUUCUAAUCUUUAUAUUUGACUUACAUUGCCUAUUGAUUGUGUUGAACUUGGCGUAGUGUUUGAUUAGAGCAUGUUUAAAAUGAAACCACAAUUCCAAUGAAUUCAAUUGUAGUUAAGUUUACGUAAUGUACAAAAGACUGUUCAAUGGUAACCUAUUACAAUAAAUUGUAUUGGAUAGGGAAGAAAUAGUUCAACUAACAUACAAAAUUCAAUGACUUCAAGUGUGGUCAUGUUGAUGUAAUGUUAAGAAAUUUCUAGAUUUUUAACGUUAACCUUUUGCAUCAAACAGUAUUGGAUGGGGAUGAAAUAAUGCAAUUACAAGUUAUCUUGUUACGAUAUGUAUGAAAUUCAAGGCAAAACCAAAACAUGAUAAUUUUCGGUAUUGGACUGAGUACUGAAAGAAGCAUAUCAUUUAUCUUUGUGCUGUUACACCGAUAGCUUGUUCUAGCCUUAGUAAGUAUAGUGAACCUGUUCUGCACACAGAUAGUUGCCAAGUGGGUUGUCACCGUUGUGUUAAGGUGGUUGUGUUCAUAUUGCUUUAAUCAUACUGAAUCUCACAAGCAGAAGAAUUGUCCUCCGAUUCACCUGGCACAUGAAGGAAUGUGUCAUUGGAGCAUUUUCAGCAUGUCUCUUCUUAUGCAGGAUUAGACAGUUUCAGUCCACUAGUCCUUAUAAUGAUAACAUACAGAUCACCCCUUAAAAGUGGCUAAUUUCUACUUGUCCUCGUGAUACCUCAACUAUUGGGCAACUCUAGGACUAGUGCCAAUUUCUAACGCUGUUAUGCCUAAUGUCUGUGCAUCGCGCUACAUCUUGAAAGGAAAAGUAUUUUAUACAUAUACAUGUACAUGUAUUGAAGUAUUGAAGUUGCUAUUUUUGUUGUUGUUGCCUAUUUAAUAAGAUUUAAAUAUCAAGGAGACUUGAAGGAAGACUGUUGCCAUACUUGUUAACAUUCCUGGCCUCUGGUGAUUACAAGUAUAAGGACAAAGUGAAUGUGGUUUUGAUUAAUGGCUCUUGUUAAUCUUGUUUCAUUUUCAAUAAUUGGAGCCACAGUAAUUCCUUUUAGCUCCAUAAUCUCCACAUAUCAAUGUACAUGUAUAACAGUUGUUGCCAAAACAGUGAAGGUUGUUCCGUCCAACAAGAUAAAGUAUUAUUUUUGCUUUUAAAGAUACUUCAUGUUACUAUUUUAUUUUGAAUAAAUUCAUUCUGAAGAUA